CAUUUGUCAGCAGCCGCGUUUCCAUUACAGAUUUGCGCAAAACUUUUGCGAUAUCUUCUAAAUGUCGAUAAAAAACUAUUGUGAAAUGACGGCGUUUCCGUUAACCGAUGUUAUGCGACUAAAACUCUUGUGAAGAGUCAUUUUCCUCUUGCGAUAAGUCAUUUUCUAAAAGAUACUUCUUUCUGAGAGCUUUAUUUGCUAUCUUUACAGAAUGAUGACGUGACUGUACGUCAGGUGACCUGUAAAUGCAAAAAAAAAAACUGUUUCCAUUGCAGUUUUGCGAAAUAUUUCUUUUUCGAAUUGCCUGAAAAACCAUCUCAUGCGAGCAUAAAAACCUUUUUGCGAUAUUUGGGAGUUUUUGCGAAAUUCAUGUGUUUCCAUUGAGCGUAAUUUCAAUUCGAAAUUACAAUUUGCACAAUUUGAAGGGUAAUGGAAAUGCAGCUAUUGUCCCCUUACGCUGACCACACAACAUCAAUUUGGUAACAGCGCCACCUAAUGGUCAAAAGUGAUAAACAAUUUAGUCAUAUUACGAGUGAUUGUAUUUGUAAAUUUUCAGCCAUUUUGACUAAAAUAAUCUAAAAAUGUCUUUAAUUACUCAUUGUUUUGCUCUGAAGCUCCCAGCCAUGCUUGCAUAACUCGCCAUGCUUUUUUUUAUGCUAGGCCCCUUAAUUGUUGCUUGCAGCUAUAUUAUUUUAAAUGGUUUUGCACUGAAAUAUGAGUGGGACACAUUCCUGACAGGUUUCAUGAGAGUUUGUGUGUGUGUGUGUGUGUGUGUGUGUGUGUGUGUGUGUGUGUACAUUUGAAUAUUUGAAGAGAAAGAAAGAGCAUUUUCUUCCCCCUGAAGCGAAAGAGAUCCAUCAACAUGUUUCAGAGCUGCAGUAAAGGACUGAGAGACGAACAGAUCAGACCAGAACACACUGGAGGUUAUGAGGAGAUUUUUCAGAGUUUACAGAGAUGAAGAUUACGGUCAGAUUCAGUAUCUCACUGCAAAAUGCAUCCGACUGUCUCAGGAGAAAGCGGCGCUGCAGCGCGAGCUGUUGGUGUCUCGAGAGCGGCAGCAGGCUCUGCAGGCGGAGAUGGAGGCUCUGUCAGUGCGAGUGUGUCAUAAGGAGCAGAUCUGCGUUGAGCUGAGCAUCAAAUACGAGCAACUGCUGGAGCGAUUUCAGCAGCAGCAGGAACAGGCUGAUGUCCUGCAGCAGCGUGUGCUCUCUGUGACGGAGGACAGGCGGAGAGACUCGUCACUUCUGUGUCUGCAGCUGGAGCAGGUGAGCUGUGAUUUACAGCAGCUGCAGGGCUCAGAGAUGCAGCUGAUGGGCAUGGUGGACGAGCUGCACCAGGAGGCUCAGCUCAGAGCCCAGCAAGCUGAGGUCCUGGAGACGCGGCUCCACAAGGAAACUCAGUCAAAGGCACAGCUAGUAGAAGACCUAGAGAUGCAGCUAAACAGUAAAUCCCUGGAGCUGGUGGAGCUGCAGAUGUCGCAUGAAGCCCUGCGGCAGGAUCUGUGUGAUCAGCACAGCGCCCACCAGAGGACGGUGGAGGAACUGCAGCGAGAGAAUUCAGAGAGUCUCGACAAACUCCGUGAAACGGCCGAACAGUUCGAGUGGCUGUGUGAGCAGCAGCGGAGGUGGAUGAGCUGCGUGAAGAGGUUUAAGGACUGUCUGUCAGGUGAGAAGGAGUCCCUGGAGCUGCAGGUGAACAGGUUACAGGUGGAGUUGGAUGCUGUCAGGAAGACUGUGAACUCUGACUGUCCCACAGAACCCAUCAGAAGAUGGGAUGAUGAGAGGAUAUCUGACCUCCAGGCUGAGGUGGACCGAUGGAAAAGACUGUAUGAAGACCUGCUUAAACUCACAACACAGCAGGGCCAGUGGGCAGCAGAUGGACACCUCAAACCCCCGUGAGGAUCCAAACACAGACGACAGCUUCACAUCACACACACUGACCCAUCUGUAGUCCAGUUUAAAUCAUUGUUGUAGGGUUUAUGAAAAAAGGGAGAUGUUCAGAUCGAGUUAUUCUUCCUGUUAUUGUGUGUCCGUCGCAGUCCAUCAUGAUCCGGUCAGUGGUUCUGUUCUGUUCUGUGGUCUAGUUUCCUGUUUUGCUGUUUGUUCUCUGGUUCAGUGACAAUUUAAGUCACACGAAUUACUAUAAACCCUAAAUGAUAAAUCAGGUUUAUUAAUUUUAUGCAAGUGACCAGUGUAAGGUUGGAGUUGUUUAGCUAUGAUACAAAAGUUUGGAAUAAUGUUUUUGAAAGGGUCUCUUUUGCUCAUCAAGGCUGCAUUUAUUUGAUAAAAAAAUACAGAAAAAAUAGUGAAAUAUUAUUGCAAUGUAAAAUAUCGGUUUUCUAUGUGAAUAUAUAGUAAAGUGUAAUUUAUUCCUGUGAUCAAAGCUGAAUUUUCAGCAUCAUUACUCCAGUCUUCAGUGUCACAUGAUCCUUCAGAAAUCAUUCUGGUAAAUUUUGAUAAAUUUAAAAAUUGAUAAAUUUUUAAAUCCCAAACUUUUGAACAGUGUGUGUGUGUGUGUGUCAGUUUGUUAAAUAGAUUAUAUGAAGUCACCAGCACAUGCACACAGUUAUCAGUGGUUGUGAGAGUGUUCAGACACUAGAGGGUGAUGUUCCUCCACUGACAGUCACACCAAACCUCAAGCAGCAGCUCAAGAACUGUAAUGUAUUUCACAUCUUUCCAUAUCUGAGCACAACUAGACAGUCAUCAUAAUGCUGGAGCUCCUGACUGAAGCAGAUGUCACUGUCCUUAAGUCACCUCUGAUCCAUCUUGACUCGUACUGUCUCGUCAUCUGUGUCUGACAGCAGGAAUGUGUUUCUCAAUGAUCCAUAAAGCACAGCACAAACUCAUCGUUCAACACUAACAUCACACAGUCUCCAAUACACUUUUACUGUUGUGUAUAGGAAAGUCUGUCAGCGCUUACAUCAGACGUUCAUAUUAUUUAAUACUGUGUUAAAGUUAUUAAAAUCCGAUGCAUGGAAGACAAAGAAAACCGUAUGUAAUACCACUGUGUAACCACUAGAUGCCUGUAUAGCCUAUAUGCAAAUAGUGCUGCGUAAUCCCUAGUUGCUUAUAAAAGUAUUUUCAGACAUAAUUACUUGCUUUUGUACCAUUCUGAUUAACCUUCUGGCAUUGUUAGUUUUGGGGGUCACACUAGUUGUGACCGAACACCUGAAAUGUAACUUUUUUAUUUUCAGUAAAAUCAAUGUAAUAUAUUUUUGUUCAUUUUUUUAAUUUGUAUUUUGAGAGAAUUUCAUGGU